AGUGUUUUUAAAAACUGCUAUUUUUACAAAUUAAUAAUGAAUGAUAAUGAUUGAUUCAGGUGGAAAUGCGGGAAUGAAGCACUUUCGCCAUGCUGUUAAGCCACGAGGGACUGCUUCACAAGGGCUCAGAGUUCUGUCAGGCCAUUAAGUUUGUCAUUAAACUGCAGAUCUCUACACUGCUUCAACAGCUAGCAGAAUCGGGUGAAGAAAGUGUCGUCCUAACUGCAAAUGUCUUAGAAGGAACAGCGGAUCGUCUCGGCUCGUUGCGAGGCACUGGGUUCCUUGAAGAUCAUGAACAGCUUGGCAAUCAGUUUCUCUCAUAUUGUGCAGAGACCCGGCGAUUCUCCGUGGACGAUGAGGGAGACAAUUUGCCAGCCAGAACUACGUACAACGACUCCCUUCUGUCCCCAACCAUCCCCAAAGCCACCUCUCCAUAUAGCCGGACUGACACUGUACGAGCUAGAUAUGAAAGGGAGAGCAGCACAUCUGACUCAGUUUUCUCCCCUGAUAGACGAAAAAGUAGUGCAAGUUCCAAAAGUCUUGACGAGGAUGUUGCUAUGCUUACAAGCCAGGAUUAUUCUGACACACCUCGUUCAUUGAGUGAUUCUUCAACCACAUGGCCUCCAGACCUGGUAAUGGAAGGUGUGGAAAAGGGAGAACGUUCAGCAGGUUCUGGAAGUCGGUAUGUUUCCAUUGUGCGUAGCCCGACCGGUCGAUCAGGGUCGUCAAGUUUAGCAGAGUCUGAAAAAUCAAAACACAUUUCUAAGAGCCCUUUGAGUGAAAGCGUGGAACACAUAAAGCAGAUAACUCUUUCUAGUCCUUCAGAAUUUCAGUAUAAACGUUACCAUCAACACGCCGGUGGAUUUCCGGGCGGGAGCGGGUCGGGAACAUUUGAUCCCCAGUUACUACCUCCAAUGUUUGAACUAGUUUCUCCACCGAAACCUCAGGAACUGACCGUUCCCACUGCAUCUAGCGAAGAAACUGAUGUUUCCUAUAACAUAAAAUCAAACACACCUUCAUCAACGGGUAGCGGCACUUUGAUUAGCUCAGAAGUAGAAAUGGCCGAACAAACGCCAAUGAAUUUAACUGGGAGCGAGAAAAACCAAAGCAGUGAACUAACUCCCUCUCCUGCUAGUACCACCGGCAGUGAAUCAGUUUUCUGUCAAUAUCCAGUCUACAAAGUUCCUUACCCUGCCUACCCAUCAGGAAUGGUAAGACCAAAAACAGAAGAAACAAAUUCAGAUUUACCCUACAGACUGAUGCCGGGCGCUUCAUACGAGGGUCAAGACGCUGAGGCUAAGUAUAAAACUCAGAUGAUUCAAUCCGAGAGUGCAGGUACAAAGUCCCAUCAAGGCACUGAGCAGUAUUCAUCCUUGACAGAAAGUCGUGAAUAUCAGUCAGAGCUCGGAGAGAUUUAUAGGCUUCCGAAAAAAAUGGAGUCAAAAUUGUACCACCAGCGAAAUAACAAUGGCGGAAGGAAACAGUCUAAGACACACGUUGAAAGGCGUUGUUCGGAGAGUAUGAUUCAGAACUACGAAACGAGUGGUCUGUUUACAGCGUUUCAUAAAGACAAAGAAAUCUUAGGCACUGAGACGGUGAAGUUGGAACAUGACAUUAUUCUGCAGCCUGACAUAUCAAAGAGCUUUGAAGAAGCAGUGAAAAUUCAACAGAGUCUAUUUCAGACAAGUCUUGGGAUGUUCUCGCCGAUUCAGCGUCAAUUUUUACAGCCAAGUAGGCCAUUCCCGCAACGUGAGCGGAGCCAGUCUUUGAGCGAAUUUCAUACCUUGGCACAGGACAUACCUCAUCCCUCUGGUCGAGCGCGAUUUCCCAGUUCUAGUUUUGCAGAAAAUUUAGACUCUCCCCUCGUCAUAGAUGAUGAUUCAAAGCCGGAAUCAGAGUCCCGCGAAGGCUUGGAUCUUAGUAACAAAAAGCGUAAAAUGUCUGCUGAUGAUAUUUACCCCAUGUCAGCAGAUGAUCCCCAAGAAGGGGCUGGGCUUAAUGCUGCAGCCAAUCAGAGUGAAGAACAAGAGUUUGCAGGUGGAGCUGGCGUGAGUCGUUCACCAGAUGAUGGGGGUGUUGGGGGAACAAAAAAAUACGGGAAAGGGAAUUUUAUAAAAGUCGCUACGGGGUAUCAGUGCCGCAUUUGUUGCCGUGUUAUACGACACAUGAACAACACAACGGCUCACAUGCGUAUACAUGCGAACGUUAAGCCGUAUAAAUGCCAGGUCUGUAAUCAACAAUUCAAGUAUGAGGUGGAUCGAAGAUACCAUUUCUCGAAAAAUCACGUUGAUCUCUUUUCGAAAAUGUAUUUUCCCGACGAUAAAAAAUCUAGUUAAUUGUUUGAUUAUUUUUUUUGGCUUAUUUUAGUAUGGUCUGAUGUGAAGUCCUUUUUAGUUAUCAAUGACAUUAUUAGAUUUUCUGUUAAACGAUUCUUCAAUGCCUUGAUAUUGAUCUUAGAAAAAGGUCUUUAAAUUUCCUUUUUAAAAAAGUUUUUUUGAAACAUGGAUCAAAAUGAACAAAAGGCAAUAUUUAGAGUUAUCAUUAAUUGUUCAAAAUAUUAUGGUAUACAUAAUAAAAUAUUUUGAUUUUUAAAACAUUUCUUUCAAAUGAAUUCAAAACGAGAUGCUUUUACUAUUAUUAUUAUUGUUAAUAUUUUAUGUGUUUUGUGACAUAUGCCCCGUCAGUCUUAUGAAUUCAGUUAGUUCUAAAAUGUUUUGUACAAUUUUUGUUGUCAAAGAUACAAUAUUGUUAUGUUUAAUUUAGGUUUCUUAUGAAGAAUGAAUGUAAAAAUCACUAUGUCAAAUCAUCUGUGGCUGGCCAUUUAAAAAAAAAAAUAGCCUUUAGAUUUAUAGUUUUUAUCUUCAAAAACUGAAAACAAGCAUCAAGUAAGUCAUACUGAAUUUUACUGUGGAUUAUAAGUUUGCAGUCACUGUUGAUUUUUAAUUGAAAACUCAACCCCAAAAAGUAAACUAUUUUUCACAAAAAUUUGGACCCAAAAUUCACAACCCUAACAAGUUAUCAUAUGGAUGGCCUCUCUUUCAAAUGCCAAUGCUACAAAAUCCUAUGUUUUCAGUAGCAACAUUAAUAUCCCCCAAAACUGUGAAGGUUACCUCAAUCCUACCCACUAAAGGCAGUCAAGUGAUUGUACUGUCAAUUCAAUUUAAAUAAAAUGUGUUUAGUUUAAGGAAUUAAUCAAAGCACUGAGGGUACUAUAGGAGUGUGCUUUGAGUGAUGGAUUUUUGUACAAUCAUGGCCAAAUGUGGUAUGAAACUUGGGAGUGAGCUGGAAUAAAAAAAGUACACUAAUCUUGCAAAAAGGAUGUUAGUCAUCACCAGAGAAAUAUUUGUGUUUGCAAAUUGAGGAAAUGAAGUAUUUAUCAUAUAAAAAAAGUAUUGUCAUCAUGUAAACAAAUAACUAAAUGUGACAAUAUUAACCUUAAAUAAAACACAAAAAACAAGCUAAAAGAUGUCAGAAUGAUUUUGCUUUGAAAACUUAUGUGAUAUUGUUAAUGUUAUUUGUUAAAGUUGUUACUGGUGUUCACUAUUGUUGAAUUAGUUUUAACAUUAUACAUAAAUGAUAGUUUGAUAUGUAGUUUUUAUUGCCUUCAUGAGAAAACUACCACGAACGUAGUAUGGCCAAUAAAUAAUUUGUUUUAAUCCCAUCAUGAUUUUUUUCAUUUGGAUAGAAAUUGCCAAACUAACUAUUUAUUUUUUUGUGGCCGAAGUAGUAGAUUUUAAGAAGACAGACACAUGUUUGUGUAAAGUCAUUGAAGUGUUAUAUUAAGCACAAAGUGUUAUUUAUAAUUUGACUGCACUUUUACCCUUUUUUCUUGUUUGUUAUUAACUUAAGUUUUUAAUAGAUGUUGCAUCGAAAUAUACCUUGAAAAAAUGUAACAAACUAAAAGACAAACUAAUACUUAAGUUUCAAUAUGUAAAUAUGAAAUGAGUGAUUCAAGUUUUAAUAGAUUUUAAUUGUAAAAUAUUUUCUGUUUCAAUUUGUAGCUGUACAGAAGUGUAUUAUAUAGAGUCUAUGUUCAAUGUAAUGAUAGAAUAUGUUUUACUCAUUUCUCAACAUUUUAACAAGUGUAUGAUAUAUAGCUUUAUUUUUGGUCAAUGUAAUGAUAUAAUAGUUUUCAACAUUAUAAGAAAAUUAACUUCUAUGUGAUAAUCCUUGUUGAAGCUUAAAGCUGUAUUGUUAAUUUAACAAUAGUUCUAUGAGAGUUUGCUGUGGUAUCAAAUACUGCAUUUUAUCAAAGUAUUUUCCUCUAUUCAAUAUUGUUGUAGUACCUCGUGUUCGUCAUCUGAUAAAUUUGAAGUCUUUUAGAAUAUUGCGUUUUAGUGUGAAAACAUUUAACUAUUAAAAAUUAGCUGUCAGAAAAGUUACUUUUAACCAUUGUUACAUUUGUUAAUUAGCAUAACUUUGAUACAUUAUUUAUAAGGUAACAUAGUUUUGCCUAUGAUACAUUUUUUGUAAGUAAACAUAACUUGGACACAUUAUUUGUAAGUUAACAUACAUUUGACACAUUAUUUGUAAGUAAACAUACAUUUGAUACAUGAUUUGUAAGUUAACAUACAUUUGAGAUGUUAAUUGUAAGUUUACAUACAUUUGAUACAUUAUUUGUAAGUUAACAUACAUUUGAGAUGUUAAUUGUAAGUUAACAUACAUUUGAUAC